AUGCUGAGCCGCCUGAUGAGCAGCAGCAUCCGGAGUCUGGACAGGGAAUACGAGUGCACCGUGAGGCUGCUGGACGACUCGGAGUACACCUGCACGAUCCAGCGGGAUGCCAAGGGACAGUACCUGUUUGACCUGAUUUGCCAUCAUCUCAACCUGCUCGAGAAAGACUACUUUGGCAUUCGAUAUGUUGACCCAGACAAGCAGAGGCACUGGUUGGAGUUUACAAAGUCAAUUGCCAAACAAAUGAAAUCCCAGCCUCCAUUCACUAUGUGUUUGCGUGUCAAGUUUUACCCCCCCGACCCUGCUGCCCUGAGAGAGGAAAUCACCAGAUAUCUCGUCUUCCUGCAGGUUAAGAGGGAUCUGUACCACGGUCGCCUGCUGUGCAAGACGUCAGAUGCUGCUCUGCUGGCUGCCCACAUAUUACAAGCCGAAAUUGGGGACCAUGACCCGGGGAAACACCCAGAGGGCUACAGCUCCAAGUUCCAGUUCUUCCCCAAGCACUCAGAAAAGCUGGAGCGGCGGAUUGCUGAGAUCCACAAGACUGAGCUGAUAGGUCAGAGUCCUGAAACGUCAGAGCUCAACUUCCUCCAGAAGGCUCAGAUGCUGGAGACAUAUGGAGUGGACCCUCAUCCAUGCAAGGAUGUAUCUGGCAACCCUGCCUUUCUGGCUUUCACUCCUUUUGGAUUCACUGUGCUGCAAGGAAACAGGAGGGUCCAUUUACUCAAUUGGGAGGAGGUGACCAAACUCAAGUUCGAAGCAAAGACAUUCCACAUAUAUGCAAAUCAGAAGGAGGAUAAGAAGAUCAUACUGACUUACUUUGCACCGACACCUGAGGCCUGUAAGCAUCUGUGGAAGUGUGGAGUCGAGAAUCAGGCCUUCUUCAAGCUGGAUAAGUCGAGUCAAGUCCGAACUGUGUCCAGUAGUAAUCUCUUCUUCAAGGGGAGUCGCUUCAGAUACAGUGGAAAAGUUGCAAAGGAGGUAAUGGAACAAAGUGCCAAAAUUAAAAGAGACCCUCCUGAGAUCCACAGGGCUGGCAUGGUACCAAGUAGGAGCUGUCCGUCCAUCACCCACGGCCCUCGUUUGACCAGUGUACCUAGGACCCGACGUAGAGCUGUGCACAUCUCCAUCAUGGAAGGUUUGGAGUCCCUUCGAGACAGCGCCCACUCUACGCCUGUGCGCUCUGUGUCCCACGGGGACUCCUUCAUGUACUCCCGGCGCCAGCUGAUAGACGGCAGCGAGGCGAGCACCUCAGCAGUCAUCUCCGACGAGGCCUACAGCCCCUCGGACAGCAUGCUGCCCACGCCUGUGGCUGAACACCACGCAGAGAUGCCAUCGGCUCGUAACCUCAACGGAUCGACCUGCAGCAACGACGAGGAGCAGGAGGCAAAGGCGGGAACAUCGAAGAAAGAGCAGGCGGCAGAGUUCGGGCCCGGCAGGAGAGCGUUGCGUAUGGUCAGGAGCCGGCCGUCGCCACCCAGCGACGCAGAGGAGCUGAACAAGUUUGUCCUGAGCGUGUUACGUCUAUUUCUGGUCACUAUAGGAUUGCUGUUCGCUCUGCUGCUGCUCCUCAUCAUGCUGACUGAGUCCGACCUGGACAUAGCCUUCCUGAGAGACAUCCGCAAGACACCUGAAUUCCAGCAGUUCCACUUUGAAUACUUCUGCCCUCUGCGGCGCUGGUUCGCCUGUAAGUUACGUUGGAUGGGAGGUUUCCUUGUCAGUCAGUGAGGAGAACUGAAGGAUGCAGAGACUGAAGGACACAACACAGGCCUCCACUGAGAUGGGACAUGUACCACAGACCGUCAGGAAAGACGGUGAGAGGAGGGCAAAGGAAAAGUGUGGCAGCCAUGUUUCCACCAUGGACUCAGCUUCUACCGAGGAAGGAGUUUCUAUCACAGAACCAUGGCCUGUCCCCUUAAUAGCCUUGUUCGACCAUCACUGCGAGGAAAGUAAAUCAUAUUUUUCGGAAAUUAUUUAUUCUUAUCAUUUUUACACAAAGUCACAGCAACAGGGUUUAAUUUAAACACUGAAAGGGACAAGCAAGUCUGACAGACUUCACCCUAUCCACCACCGAUAACAGUUGCCUUUAUUUUUGUAUCAUUCAUGUGUUGUGACAUUAUUGUUGUCCGAAUUUGAUGUGUUGGGCUGUGCAUUCUGUUGACCUGCAUAUUUUGUUGUCUUUAAAGUUUAGAGAGAAGGCGACGGGACGAGGGUGCGGUAUAGCUCAUCUUGUCAAUUCAUUUCAAAGCCAACAACAACAUUUGUGAUGAUUAAAUGUUGUUAUAGUCACUUCUAAGACUGAGAACUGCUGUUUGGAGCUGUACCAGGAACCUGGGUUGUGUGUGUGUGUGUGUGUUUGUGUGUGUGUGUGUGUGUUAAAGAGAGCGUGAGCAAAUCUGAGCAGCACUUUGUGAAUGUAGAUCAAGUAAAAUAAUAUUCGCAAAUAUUAUAUUUUUUUCUUUAUAAUUUUUAGACCGAUGUGUGGAAUCUGCUGUGUAGAGCAAAGAUAAUGUAACGUACUAUAAAGUAAUUGACAACUUUCCCUAAUUCAUCUGAUGUGGUAAUCAACGACAAUUCUGGCAUAUGACAUUUUGUUGCAUUAGCUAUUUGACCCUGGAGAGAUUUCGGUGCUUCCCAUAGAUUGAAUAUAAAGAUGGAUGAUUUGUCUCCAUUUGUUCCUGUUGUGCAAAAAUGAAGCCAAAAUAUCUUGGAUACGGUUGCUGCCAUCCUUCACUUUUUGGCAAUGGAGCCAGAGUCUGCAGUGUCUCUAUUGUGGUGCUGCACUGUGGUAUCAGAGUUCAGAUAAUACACAUGCCCGACUAAACACAAGUAAGUCUCAGCUGUCAGUGGUGAUGUUUCCCCUGUUUUAUUUCAAUCAAAUAUCUGACACGUUUUUCUUAAAAAAAGGAUAGUUGAGGAUAAGCAUGACUUUUCCAUAUUUGAAGUUUAAAUUCAAUACAUAAGGAUACAUGUUAAACAUGCAGCCAGCCACAAGGAGGCUACUAAGGUGAUUUGGCUUCACUUUUGGCAGCUGUCAUGUCGUCCAUCUUUGUAUACAGUCUACGAUGCUGCCUUGUUAGAAGCCUAGUAUCAUUUUCUUUUUUUUUAAUUGUGGCUUUAUUAGGGCCCGAGCACCAAACACGAUGGGAGGCCCUAUUGUUUGUGAGAUGUGUUAAGGCCCUAUUGUUUGUGAACGUUAAGACUUUAUUUUGUUCAGAUCACCAAUACACUGUCAUUGUCCAACGAUCAUAAAAUUAGCCUUUGUAAGUAUAUAAGUAACAGAAAUGGUAGGUUUCCUGAUUUUAUUAAGUAGCAGUCAAAUAAUGAUAAUAACUACAAUCGUGUGUUUAAGGAGCAGCUGUCACUUUGCUGUCGUUAUUUUAACAGUAGUUGUAAAAGGGAUGGAGCUAUGUGAGCUAGCACUGUAGUGAUAGUGAAGUGUUUGGUUAGCUCUUUGAUUCCGUAGAAGGAGUUAAUCUUGAUGUGCUAUGCUGUUAAAAUGAAAUAUUUUUCCAUUAUGGUUAAUCUGACCUUGUUUGACCUUUGUAACUGCUCAGAUUACAACUAUUUUACCAGAGUAGAGAGUUUAGAGGCAAUUGUACUAAUUUUUUGUUUUAUUCAAGACCCAAGUUCCAUUUGAGUUUAGCCUGAUCCGUUACAUUCAUACAGUCAUAUAUAAGUGACUGUCUAAAGACAGAAUUUAUUUAAAUCAUGUUUUUGUACAAACUGAUGUCUUGUGAGCACAGAUAUCCUCACAGUGACAUUAAAUGGACUUUGAAGAGUUAUUUUUAAAGUGUGGAUAACCGGUUUUCAGCCCUGCACCGGCCUAACAAGAGAGCCUAAGAUAAAUCAUGUUUACUUCAAUCUUCAUCGUCGUACCUACCAAAGAAACCUCUGUUGUCUGUUUGUGUCAACAGAUGGGAACUCUGAUAGUCUGCCGUGCUUCUCCAGCCUUAUUCUGUUGCUUCACAUGUUAGCCUACAGCCCAGAGCGACUAACAGCAUACUGGGAAACCACAAGUCAGUUUGUGACCGUUAACUUCAACAAACCUGUGGCUGCUUCAUCAGGAUAUACAGUGUGUAGGUAUAUGUAUGUAUGUGACAGUGGUAAUUCAGAUUAACAAGAAUAUGGAUAUAUUAUUCAUGCAACAAGAGGAGUGGUUUUGGGUUGUGAUUGGCUGCAGGGUUCAGUACGUCCAAGGGCGGUUUGGAAAGUGACAGUAAUAAUAUUAAAAUCUAAAAACCUCCACAGGCUAAACGUUACAUGAAAACAAUACUAUGUGAAAGUCCCUGUGUUAUUAUUAUUAAUAUUAAUGUUAUUUCUAUACAGUUGUAGGAAUGUAGGAGCUAUAGGAAUUAUUGCCUGAUAUAUUUAAUUUUAAUAGAAAACCAUAUUUUGCAGGUGAUUGUAAACUUUCCUGAUGAAUUUACUUUUAUUUAAGAUGGUGCUUUAUGGUUUUUAAUUUAAGUGAAAGAAAUUUUGCUUUUUACCUUGUUUAUUUAUUUUAAUUUGAAAAUCUAAUUUUAUGUCCAUGUGUAUGAGAAUAAUACAGCAUAAUUUGAGCAAUAAAUGAAAAAUAAUAAAUGAGGGGUAAUGUAAUAAUGAAAACCAAUAAUAAUGAAUUGCAAACCACUGUUUGUCUCUGUCUGCCGGACAUGCUAAAUGUCUGGAAUCUUGUUGAGAAGCUGGAACAGCCUGUAAAUGUACGUGUGAGGGGAACAAUGUUGGCUGAGGCUCUGUGGUGCACAGAUAUUUUCCUCCAAAGUAUCAAUUGUUCUAAAAAAAGAAACUUGUCAUGUAAAUCCUGUUUGGUCAUUGCCUAAUCCUAGAUCUGCUCUCUGUAGAUGAAUUGUGUGAAAAUACAUGUAAAUGAACUCAACACCUGACAGUAAAUCAUUUUCACAUGAUUCCAAUUAGGUUUUGCCAGUGAAAGCAAAGCGGUUUGUAUUUUUGGCCAUUUCAAAAACAGCAUAAGUAGCGUACUCAACUACCUGACUCUUUCUUUGUGUGAUGUAGUUACAUUUUUUUGUAUUGCUUUGACGGUUUUCUGAUCCCCUGAACCACACAUUUAAAAAAGGGUGACAGCUCUGAUGCUUUACCGAACAAUGUGAACAGGAAUAAUGUCUCCGAUGUGGUCUUACUGUCAGCUGCUCCCUGUACCAUGGUCCCACACAUGGACAUGUCUCUGUAACCAUGUGGUCUGCUUUUAUUACCUCCAACAAGGCUGCUUCUUUCCACCAAUGACUGAAAACUGGUGUCCUCGAUUUAUGAAUAAAUGUAAUCUAUUCUUGA